GACGCAAUGUUUACAAACAACGGCAUACCGCUGUGAGAGGGAAAAAAAGUAUUGUCAUACUGCAGUGUGUACCAAGUAGCAGAAGAUGGCCUGGGCAAGUGUCGGACGGUACCAGUGGCUCAGUGGAGCUUCCCUAAUGUUGCUGCUUGUCGACCUCGUACUGAAUGCCAUCUUUCUUGUUUUUUCACACAGCACUCUGUUAACACUGUUGAUUUACAUAAUCCAGGAUGUGUGCCUUGUUUUUUCCCUCAUUCUGCUCUUCCUGGCCCUGUUUUCAACCACUCUCUCUCAGGCUGGUCUUAUCGGCGAACUCUUUCAAAAGUUUCGCUGGUGUAUCAUAGCAGCCGUACUGUACCUUGGUCUCUCCUUGGGUUUCCACUCGUGGUCCCUCAAGCAGCAAUGGCAGGAACCGGAGAAAUACAUCUGGGCUCAUGGAAUGGUUGCUCUCUUCACGGUUCAGCGAGUUGCCGGUGGAAUCCAUUAUUACCUCUACAAGAGAACGAUCUUACAACUAUCUGAUAAGAACUUCUAUGCUCAAUUACCAGUUGGCAGCAGUAAAUAAAUAUAACUUCAUUCUCAGUAAAGGAAUAUUUAUAUAUUUUUUUCUAAUUAAGAAAUAUUGUGUUAAUGUGUACUACUAUGUAUAUAUAAAUAUAUACAUAUAUAUAUAUGUGAUAGAUAGCUAGAUAGAUUAAUAUAUAGAUAUAUUAUAUCAUACACAGAGGCAAAUUCUAAUGUAUAAUGUAUACUGGUAUUGUUAUAUAUCCACCAGUAUAAGUAAUAUUAGCAUACUAUGUAUGUAGUGCAUUUAGUACAUGUGGGUACAUAUGUAUGAGGCAGUUAAGGAGGCAUGGAUCUCAACUAGUAAAGCUUUGUAGAAAAGUCAGUCCACACUAAUAUUUAUUAAUUAAUUGUUUCUUAACCUAAUACCAUGAUGAAAUGUAUGCAAAGAAAUAUGUGUUAGCACUGUCUACAAAGUAAUAUACACAGUUCAAUAAAAACUAUCUUAUCC